CCCCGGGGCAGCAGUGCCUCAGUGGCAGCUUGGCAGUGGCAGAAUCAGGGUUGGGUUUCGGCUGGUCCGGUGAGUCUCGUGCGCUGGUGUGUUGCUGUAGUGCUUGGAGCGUGCUAGAAACGCGUAGUGCUAAUAGUGCUUCUCGGUGAAGGUAUGCAGUGUUAGACAACGACACGAUUGAAACUGCUUUAGAAACAAUAGAAGCUGUAGCUGACACCUGAUAAGUGACGAGAUGGGAGACAGUGCCGUAGCGGAGGUGACUGGCGAGGUGGUAAUGGAGCAGGCCAGCUCAACACAGACUGUUACGAAGCGCUCGGUAACGAGUAUCCAGACGACGCACAUACAGUCCUCACACGAGUCUUCGGUCCGCGUGGAGUCUGUGGUCCAAGGAGGCACCGCAGAGCAGACCGUCGCUGUGAAGUCUGUGGUGCAGGAAGGCAGCGCGGGGCAGUCCCUUGCCGUGGAGUCCAGCCACGUCGAGGUCGUCACAGACAUUCCGAAGGAUGAGGCACCGCCGGUAGAAGAAUCACAGCCGGAACCCGAACCUCAGCCGGCUGAGCCACAGCCAGUCGAUGAAAAUGCCAACGCCAUCCCGGAGGAACAGGAGGCCCAGCCAGAACAGGAACAAGCUAAAGAACACGCCCCAGAAGAGCACAAAGAGCCAGCCGAGGAGCAGGAACCAGUGCCGGCCGCUGCUAACGACGUUCCAGCAGAAGCAGAAUCGGCGCCGGCGGAAGAACCGGCUGCCGAAACCGGUGCCGACGCAGAAAUCAGCCAGGAGAACAUCAAGUCCCAGCUGCACGAAAUCAUCAGCGAGAUCGAGGAGCAGGUCCUGCCCGAGCAUGAGGAGGUACACACAGAUGAGGUCGUAGAGAGUCAACAAGUAGAUGUCGAAGUAACUCCUGCUGAGGAGACUCCGCCGGUGGAGGCGCCCGCGUCUGAGGAGGCUGUUGAGGCUCCGGUGCAGGAGGCCGAGGAGGUCGUCGAGACUCCAGCGCAGGAGGCCCCUGCCCAGGAGGUAGAGGAGGCCCCUGCUCAGGAGGUCGAGGAGGCUGUUGAAGCCCCUGCGCAGGAGGUCGAGGAGGCCCCGACACAGGAGGUCGAGGCGGUUGCUGAGGCCCCUGCACAGGAGAUCGUGGAGGUUCCGGCACCAGAGGUCGAGCCAGUGGAGGAAGAGGUUAAGAGCGCGGAAGAGGCGGUGUCGCAGGAGAGUAGAGCUGUGCUUGAAGGAAUUGAGGGAGAGGCGCUGGAGGAGGGGAAAGAACUGAUGGUGGAGGAGGAGCAGGAGAGAUACGAGUAUUACGAUGAGGUAUUUCGCUUCGCUUUUCCGCGCCGCUCCCCUUCCUGCGUGCCAACCAUGCACCUCACUGGCAUGCAAGCUUACCGACAUGCAUACAUAUACACAUACACUUGCAGGUGAUAACAUUUC